AUGGAAAACAAAUUGGGUAAAACCAGGGCCAAUACAAGGAAAAAUAUUCUGCAAAUGCUCCAAUAUAGAGAGGUGAACGGAGAAGCGGCCAGCUUUACGAGAAAAUAUUGCCAAUUUACUUACGAACUGAUUCAGAGAUUGGGAUGUAGCUUUGAACUGGAAGGACAUCAGGGAUGUGUGAAUUGUUUAGAGUGGACAGCAGAUGGAAGUAUCUUGGCAUCUGGUUCUGACGAUACAAAAGUCAUAUUAUGGGAUCCGGUCAGACGCAAGCAAAUCCAUACCGUUGCAACCAACCAUUUUGGUAAUAUAUUCUCAGUCAAGUUUCUAGGAAUCAAUAAUAGUCUGAUUGCAACCGCGGCAGGCGAUUGCAGAGUUUUGGUGCAAUCAAUUACGGAUUCUACCAUUUUGGAAUGCAACUGCCACAAGCACCGUGUCAAACGAUUGGCCACUUCGCCUUUGGAACCUGUACUGUUUUGGUCAGCCGGCGAAGAUGGACUUGUUAUGCAAUAUGACUUAAGGGAAUCUCACGAUUGCUCAGCAAGUAACGCUAAUUUAUUAAUAAGCUACGGUACAGCAUAUGAAGCCAAAUGUAUAGCUGUUAACCCAACCAAACCACAUUAUAUUGCUGUUGGUACAAAUGACGCUUUCGUUCGCGUUUAUGAUAGACGAAAAAUGACAACUUGCUCUAUAUCAGAGAAAACUGGCAACGAAUUCCAUUACCCUCCAAUUAAAUCUGAUUGCGUACAAUACUAUGCUCCAGGUCAUUUAGCAUUCGACAAUUACAGCUACAAUAAUUAUCGUUUCACUGCUACUUAUAUUGCCUAUAAUGCGGCAGGUUCCGAAAUGUUAGUGAAUAUGGGCGGCGAACAAAUUUAUUUGUUUGAUGUCAACCAUCAGAGACCUGUGAAUGCAAUUGCAAAGCUAUUGCCGCCUAAGGUUGCUGAUAAUGUAACAUACAAGUGUAAAUGUAAUUUGGAAGAUCAAGGUGAUCAAGUAAAAAGUAAUUAUGGUAGCAAAAUAAAUACAUCUGAGGAGCCUUGUGGUUGUUUUUAUAUGAGACGCGGUUUUCAUUUAAAUAACAGAAAAUGGAUCGGUGAUUUAUAUUGUGCAGCAAGAGAUUAUUUGCAUGUAAUGCAACUUUGGCCCAACGAAACGCAGGCUUAUGUUGGUUUAAUUAAAAGUCUCGUGAGGCUUAGAUGGGCCGACGAUGCCAGACGUUGGCUGAAUUUACUUUGCCAGUUGCAGCCAGAGUUUGCUUCACAAAAACAGGCGCGUACGCUGCGUGACGUCAUCGCGCUGCUAGAAGAGAAUAAUGAAAAUCCUCCUGAGCAGAAUGCAUUCAAGUUGAUUGAAACUGAAGAGGCUAAUAAAAGAUUCAAUUCGAUCGAUUAUGAAAUGCGAUUUAUGGGCCAUUGUAAUACCACUACGGAUAUUAAAGAAGCCAACUUUUUAGGUGAAGAUGGACAUUAUAUUUGUGCAGGUUCCGAUGAAGGAAUAAUAUUCAUUUGGGAAAGAAAAACCCAAUCAAUAGUCAAUGCUCUAGUUGGAGACGUUUCCAUAGUAAACUGUAUCCAGCCACAUCCUAAUCAGUGUCUGAUAGCAUCUAGCGGGAUCGAUCCUGUUGUAAAAUUGUGGACGCCUAUGGCAGAGGAUGGCAGCGAAAAUAGUCGAAGAGUAAAAGACAUAGAAUCUGUAGUACAGGCUAAUCAACAACGUAUGGCGAUGGAUCCUUUUGAAUCUCUGCUCGUUAAUAUGGGAUACGAAAUGCACGGUGGUCUCUUUAAUCCAGAAAGGGCUUUUGAAGAUUUGCCUCAGUGCCGUACUUCUUAA